AUGAACGAAUUUCUUGGUGUAUUUUCCAUGUCUUUCUUUUUCUUUUGCUACUGCUGCUUCUGCUGCGGAGGUCUCUGUUGCAAGUUGGUUUCUUUUAUUAUUUCAAAUAAGUCGAGAUCUUAUUUCAGGUGGUUGUUUUGGGACGUUCCUCAGACUUGGCGUCCGUUUUUCGGCAGAGUUGCUUCCUAUUGUAUGUACAAAACUUGGUGCGGAAAGCAAUGUUUUGAUCCGCGUGAGUUUUGAAGGCACUGAUCAUAGGGGACUUGCAUCAAAACUUGUGAAUUUGAAAAUUUCAAACAUGAAACUUCGACGCUUGAAAAAAUCCAAGAACAAAAAAAGUUGAAUAAAUUAAGUAUUUCAGAAGAAGACACGGAAGAUAUAGUUAUCGUGACAAGAAAAGAAUCGAGGAGAGAUUUUCAUCCCGAAGAGCCGCUCACGCCUCUUGAAACACAUCAGGUCUCAUUUGGAACUUCUAACUAA